AUGCUGCUCUUAUGGAUACUGGUCGUUUCAUCGUCUCUACCUUAUUUGUUGCUACCCAAUGCUGUCGUUUUCGCAUCAGGCCCUGGUGGUGUUAUUAUACUUUCUGCAGGUGUAUUGGCUGAUUAUGCAGCAAGUCAGAAUGUGGUUAUAAACUUGAUAACCAUAUUAACUUGCACUUUCUGUUAUGUGGCUUGCUACUUGAGGAUUCGUGAUCCGCAAAAUGGAUAUAGGGUUGUCGAUAGAAGUCUGUUCUUUUGCGCAUUAUUUUCAUCACUUCCGUUCUGCGCCGAGGUGGUACGUUGUCUGCUGGCUCUGGCGACAUUCGAAGUAAAAAAUGGACUCUACGAAAUCUCUUUAGAGUUAUGGUACUACUUGGCAGAAGUGCUUGCAACAUCCUCAGUAUGGAUUCAACUGCUUACGAAUAGAAGCGUACGUAGUAUUCUGCUGGACCGAAGAGGUCCUCAUCCACAAUCUUAUGGAACAGCCUUAGCCGUAAUCUGA